AUGGCAUCCAAAACAGCCGCAGCGGUGGUUGACUUCACCCGCAUUUACACUUCUCUUGGUCUAGGAAAGGAGACCAUUGCCGCCCUCCAGGCUUUCCGUAAGCGCCACGGUGAAGCUCAGCGCGCACAAGCUACCUAUUCAAAUCAACCAACCACUGUCGACUUCUCCCACUAUCGCUCUGUAUUGAAGAACAAGGCUAUCGUGGACGAGGCCGAGAAACUGCUAAAGGACUUCAAGCCCGUUACCUACGACGUUAGCGAACACAUCAAGGCGAUUGAGGCUUUCGAGGCCAAAGCCGUCUCUACAGCGAAGGAAACAGAGGAAAAGAUUGACGUGGAGCUUAGGGAUUUGCAGGCAACUCUGGCGAAUAUUGAGGAGGCCCGUCCCUUCCAGGAUCUUACGGUUCUGGACAUCGGCGAAGCCCACCCACGUAUAAUCGAGACGGUCGAGACGAUGAUGAAGAAAGGCAAAUGGAGUGUUCCCGGCUACAAGGAGAAGUUCGGCGAUCUCAAUCUCAUGUAA